CACUGCGCUGCUGGAGAAGAAGAAGAAUUUGAUAGUAGUGGGCGCGUUUGCUAUCUGCCCCGGUGAUCGCUGCAGAAAGGCGAGUGCCAGCCGCUGCUGGAGCCAUGAGCGAGUUCAGGAUCCACCACGACGUGAACGAACUGCUCAGCCUCCUUCAUGUGCGAGGCGGCGACGGAGCAGAGGGCUACAUAGACCUGCUCCAGAAACACAGGACCCCCUAUGUCACCACCACAGUGUCCGCGCACAGUGCCAAGGUCAAGUUAGCAGAGUUUUCUAAAACCCCGGAGGAUUUCUUGAGGAAAUAUGAGGAGCUUAAGUCCAAAAAUGUUCGGAACCUCGACCCUUUGGUGUAUCUGCUCUCAAAACUCUGUGAGGACAAAGAGACCCUCCAGUUUCUGCAGCAGAAUGCUAAAGAGAGGUCGGAGUCUUCAGCAAACACCACCUCAACCACAACAACCAGUUACUCUCUGCCUCAAACCAGCACCAAGAUGUCCAUGCAGGAGCUGGACGAGCUGCGUAAGAAGCUUGGCAAUGUAACAGCGAGCUCCAACGCUCCUCUGCCGGCUGAAGUCACACGGAAGAUGCUGAGGGACAAACACAACAAGAAGAACCCCACCCAGCCCAACCCCGUCUUCCCCAAUUGGGUGUAUGAUCGUCCAGCUCUCAUCGGAGACUUCAUCACCAGCCCCACCCCUCAAGGAGAACCAGCCGUUCCUGUUGGUACGCUGCCUCUGGGGACGCAGGAACAAGCUCUGGUGGAGGAUCUGCUGUUUGUGCUGAUUGGAGUCGACGGUCGAGACAUCACCGCUCAGCCGGUGCUGGGGCGGCAGAACCGCUCCUUCAUCGUUGAUCCAACACUGGACAUGUCUGUCAAAGAGCUGGUCAACAGAAUAUUACCGGUCGCUUCGUACUACUCGACUAUAACACGGUUCAUUGAGGAGAAGUCAUCCUUUGAGUACGGCCAGGUGAACCACGCCCUGACAGCGGCGAUGAGGACGCUGAUGAAGGAAUAUCUGAUCCUGGUCACUCAGCUGGAGCAUCUCCAGCGGCAGGGCCUGCUGUCCCUGCAGAAGCUCUGGUUCUACAUCCAGCCCACCAUGCGCACCAUGGAGAUACUGUCAUCAAUCGCGUCCUCUGUGGACAAAGGAGAGUGUAUGGGAGGGUCCACGUUGAGCCUUCUCCAUGACCGAACCUUUAAUUACACCGGUGACAGCCAGGCUCAGGAGCUGUGUCUGUACCUCACCAAAGCAGCCAGCGUCCCGUACUUUGAGAUCCUGGAGAAGUGGAUCUACAGGGGCAUCAUCAAGGAUCCAUACAGUGAGUUCAUGGUGGAGGAGCACGAGCUGCAAAAGGAGAAGAUUCAGGAAGACUACAACGACAAGUACUGGGAUCAGAGAUACACCAUCGUGCAGCAUCGGAUUCCCUCCUUUCUACAGAAGAUGGCAGACAAAAUACUAAGCACAGGGAAAUAUCUCAACGUGGUGCGGGAGUGCGGCCGGGACGUGACGUGUCCUGAUGCUAAGGAGGUGCUGUACACCCUGAAGGAGAGGGCCUACGUGGAGCAGAUAGAGAAAGCCUACAAUUACGCCAGCAAAGUGCUUCUGGACUUCCUCAUGGAAGAGAAGGAGCUGGUCUCACGUCUGAGCUGGUCUGACCUUCCUCGCCUGUCUCCACAGAUCGACUUAAUGCCUCACGAUGUCAUCACUCAGCUGCUGCGAGUGCUGGCCAUCGAGACCAAACAAGAGAAGGCCAUCAUCAACGCCGAUCCGCCAGACGUGGCCCUCAGCGGGCUCGAGGCCUUCUCCUUCGACUACAUCGUCAAAUGGCCGCUCUCGCUCAUCAUCAACAGGAAAGCACUGACGAGGUACCAGAUGUUGUUCAGACACAUGUUUUACUGCAAACAUGUUGAGCGGCUGCUGUGCAACGUUUGGAUCAGCAACAAAGACUUCAGGCAGUACUCCUUACACUCUGCCAAAUGGUUCGCUGCCGCGUUCGCCCUCCGACAGCGGAUGCUCAACUUUGUGCAGAACAUUCAGUACUACAUGAUGUUUGAGGUGAUGGAGCCCACCUGGCACGUCAUGGAGACCAACCUGAAAAUGGCUUCAAACAUCGAUGAUGUGCUUUGUCAUCACACCAGCUUCCUGGACAACUGCCUAAAGGACUGCAUGCUGACCAACCCCGAGCUGCUCAGGAUCUUCUCCAAGCUCAUGUCUGUCUGCGUCAUGUUCACAAACUGCAUGCAGCGUUUCACACAGAGCAUGAGGCUGGAGCGCCUCUCCAUGGAGCAGGGGACGAUGGAUGAGCCCUCCGCUCAGAGCGAGCAGGCCGACGAGCCAGAGAAAAAGAGGCUGACCACGAAGUUUUUAGCCGAUCACGCAGACUCCCUCCAGACCGACGCCAGCAUCGAAGCCACCAUCAGCAAGUUUGACAGCAACUUCAGCAUGCUGCUGCUGGACCUGCUGGACAAGCUGAGCAUCUACAGCACCAACGACUGCGAGCACAGCAUGAUCAGCAUCAUUUACAGGCUGGACUUUAACGGCUUCUACACUGAGCGGCUGGAGAGGAUGGCCAUCGAGCGCAGUCAGAAGGCAGCAGCGUAGCCUGUCGUCGCUUCGUGUGAAUAUGCAAAAAUAAAAGUUUCAUCAUACCUGCUCAUCAGUCCAACCGCCCAGAUAGUCACGAUUCAAAGAGCUAAGACGUGUAUGUUUGUUCAGAUAUAUAUAUGACAUUUCUGUAUGACCUGUAGAGUCAUUCAUGUCUGCAGUGUCGUUUUAGUGCUUCAGCUCUGAAAAUGUGAGUC